AUGCUGCCUGUGAGCUUGGGUGCAUGCCCAGGAGUUGAGACCUUUCCAGUCUCCAGAUCGGCAGUGCGGCCUCUUGCCCCAAAGCGUCCGACGUCCUUUGGCCUUCCUAGCAAAGCUGCAGCGGUACGUGUGGCAUGUGUAGCUUCUGUCCUGGCUGUUGGUGCCGGAAGGAGGAGAUCUAGAGGGAGGGUGCAGUUGCACCCGUUCCGCAGAGAUCUCACUCUGGAUGGAUACCCCAUUCACGGCAAUGGUUACUACUGGACUCUCUCAAAGUGCACCGAGGCUGUCAUCAUUUACAUUCCCAUCGCUGACGAUGUGAAGAAGAAGGAUGUGAUUUUCGAUUGUCGGGAAGGGACCCUGAAGGCUGGAUUGGUGCCAGAGAAGGGAGGGCUGGUGAUCAAUGACAAGGUUUUGUAUGAGGUUGAUGUCUCUGACUCGUACUUUACUCUGGAUGAUGGCGAGUAUGGUGAACGUUGCAUCGUGAUUUGGUUGGAGAAGCGCACCAGGGAGCAGAACUGGUACGCCUACGAUCGAUUUGAGCCCGUGAGCGAACGUUUCUUGCUCGAGGGUGAAAAGAAGAAGGCAGAGCUCAAGUUUGAGAUCACUCAAAAAUGCUUUUUUGACGUCGAGAUUGAUGAGAAGAAGAUGGGACGCAUUGUCUUUGGUCUGUAUGGUGACAUCAUGCCCCGGACAGUCGAAAAUUUCAAGUGCCUUUGCACCGGCGAGAAGGGAACAAGUGAAAGCACCGGCGAGCCACUUCAUUACAAAGGAACGAGGUUUCACCGCGUGAUCCCUGGCUUUUGCAUUCAGGGCGGUCAAACCUUUGAGAAUGAAGAGGGAUCCGGUGGAGAAUCCAUUUACGGGCCAACCUUCGAAGAUGAGAACUUGCGGAUGAAGUUCACGAACAAGGGCCUCAUCGCCAUGGCGAAUGGAGGACCUAAUACCAACGGCUCCCAGUUCUUCAUCACUACGGCCAAGGCAGAGCAUUUGAAUUUCAAGUCUGUGGGCUUUGGCGAGGUUUUGGACGGCUAUGAAGUCGUACAAGCAAUCGAGUCCCUCGGAACAGUCGAUGGAGAGCCAGAGGAAAACGCCGUCAUUGUAGAUUGUGGCACCAUGGAUUUCGAUCCUGGCGAAAAGGAGCGGCUGCGGCUCCGCAGUGUGAAGGGAGGAAUUGAUUUGACCUUGCGAAAUGAGAUGCUUGAACGGGUGCGCGGCGCCGCCCGGAAAGGGGUCUUGUGA